CUUCGACAAGAACCUUAACCAACCGAUCCACCGCCAUGUCAGACUCGCUACCAGAUUACUACGCCGUCCUCGGUGUCAAGCCAGAAUCAACGCCUAUUCAGAUCAAGACUGGUUAUAAAAAGGCUGCGCUCGCCUCUCAUCCUGAUCGUUUCCCAGGCGAUGCGAAUGCGACAAGAAGAUUUCAGUUAGUGAACGAGGCAUUCUACACCCUCUCCGAUGUGGGCAGACGCGCAGAAUACGACCGCGCAAGAGCAGAACAAGCACGCCGUACAGGCUCCAGCACCGGCUGGGGCAGCUGGUCACGGCCAGACCCAAGACAGGAACAACCGGCGUAUGAGGAAGACCAGUUUGCGGACGCGUUCGAGGAAAUGAUGAAUGAAGAGAAUAUCAACGUCAACUUCGAUACCAGCACGAGCAAUAAGUUCUGGUCGCUUGCGGGAGGAGCGAGUGGUGCCGUACUUGGAUUCAUCGUGGGUAAUGUGCCUGGCCUUCUUGCGGGUGCCGUCGUUGGAAAUAGACUGGGAGCCAUCAGGGAGAGGAAUCAGAGGAGUGUGUAUGAGGUGUAUCAGUCGUUACCUGCAGACCAUAAAGCAAGGAUCCUUGCCGACUUGGCGCAGAACUUCAUGCACUUGGCGGGCGGGAAGUGAAACGGUCGUGAUACGUGUACGAUUGACUUCAGAUGAACUGGAAUUGGUCGCAUAUCUGGAGAUAUUGGAUUCUUGCGCCCAUGUAGGCUUUAGCUUAGUAGUACCAUCUAAUACUUCAUCAAGGUCUUCUUGAUAGGUCCUGCCGACUCGAUAAACUUCAACAUCUCUGCAUCCCAUGCUUCCAUUUCAUCCUUUCUCUUCUUGUUCUCUUCGACCAGCGCCGCUUUCUUCGCGAUCAACUCCUUCCUGAGUACUUCUAGUCGAUCCCGUUCGUCACCCUCGGCCUGUAUUCU